AUGUUCACUUAUGUUCAUUUCCAAAAUGCCAAUAUAAGUUUAAUUAAGGGUCGAGAGCCAAGAUGGGUGACGAAGUCAAGUACCAUUGAAGUGCUUGACAAGCUCAGCUUGUAUGAAUUGCAAGAAACAAUCAGCAGUGAAAAUUCCCGAACUUAUGAGAUUGAUGGAGAGCAAUGUAACAGGGAUUUCUACAAUAGCCGUACACGAAGGAUACAGUCUGAUGACCGAAUUAUUUAUUUCUUCCGAUACGAUUGUUCGGAGGGAGAAGAAGAAAUAAUAAGUUGGCAUGAACUGAAAUAUUUGAAAGACAAUCAUCGAUGGAAUGUUAUUCGUCAUCCAAUGGUACUCAAUUUCGUUAAUGAGAUACUUCUCUCACAGGCUUAUCUUUAUGUCAUACAUAUUACAUCCUAUUUGAUUUUUCUGCUUUUGCUUUCAAGUUAUAUUUUUGGUAAAAACAACAUACAAGAUUUUCUAUCCACGUUAUUCCUGAUCGUUUUUGGAUUCUGUUUGGUAGUGAAAUGUGCUGUAAAACUGCAAGCAGGUAAAAUCAGUAAAUGGUUUAUACUGUCCUAUUCCUUCAACGUAAUCACGUAUAUCGCCACUUUUCUAUUCAUCUGGACGCCACUAUUAUUUUCCUAUAAUGAUUAUAAUUCUGAUUUGAAGCAUUUCAUCACCUGGUUGCUACCUAUUAUCGCAAUUAUUUCGGCAUGGAUCAAUUUCCUGUAUAUUCUUAGGAAAUCACCGUAUGGCAUUUACAUCCUUAUGCUCUCACGUAUCCUCUAUUCAUUCUCUCAGAUUGCAAUAAUAUGGAUACCAACACUUCUCGCAUUUGCAUUUGCCUUUCAUCUGGUUAUGCGUAACAGCGGUCAAGAACCCUGGGAAGCUGCUGAACUGUUUUCACAAAAUUCAACAAUGUCUCAGAAACUGUUAAUGGUACUACAAGCAAUCACAAAAACGUCAGCUAUGAUGAUCGGUGAAGUGGAUGCAGAUAAUGUGUUAGAACGCAAGGAAUGGAUACCAAACCUGCUUUUAUUAGCAUUCGAAAUAAGCACAGUCAUACUACUUAUGAAUUUAAUGAUAUCUCUGGCAGUUGGCGAUGUAAAUGAGCUUCGCCAAACAGCUCAAGAGAAGUUACUUGACAUUAAGGUGAAUUUCGCGAUUGAAGUAUUGCAAUUAUCAGAAUCAUGCGACUGCUUCUCAACCUAUAUAAAUAUGCUCCAUCGUAAACAAACUAACAACGUACUCGUGAUUCAUAAUGAUGGUACUUCAUUCACCACAUGGAUGAAUGUCAACUUUAACGAUGCGAAUAAUUUCAAUAUUUUCAAACAAAAUGGUUCCAGAAAAAGGAGUGCGGAGAAAUCAUUACUCAGUGAUUCAGAAAGGAUACCACUAGAAAGUAUUGUAGUUAAUUACGACAAUGGCGAAAUUGAUAAAGGUAACGAUAAUGAGCAUCAGGUGAAUGGACGAAACACGCAGGAAUUAUUGCAUAAUAUAUACCAUCUUCAGUUCCCUUCUGGUGAUCGACGAAUGCGUUUGUUGAAAAAAGGUAUGAUUGGUCGAACAGUACAGAUUACACUGGACGGUGCAAUAAUACAGCUUAUUGAAAGUACUGAAUCCGGAAUUGAUCCAUUCAUUGGUACCAUUAAUGGUCAGUCAUACACCGAAAUUGUUGAUGAUCCUGAAAGUUACGGGAGAAAAUUUGCACGAUGGCUUAUUGGUUUAGAUUGGUCGAAUUUGCUACAAUUAUAA